AUGGCCACCACCGACGCCUCGAAACAGGUCGAAAGUUGGGACGACGACGAUGAUUUUCACGGCGAAUUCCAGGCCUUCGCGGCAGGCAGCACCACCGGCACUGCCAUUUCAUCGCGACUGUCAGUCCGCUCUGAGUCGGUGGCCGGCGGCGACGAAGACGCGUGGAACGUGGUGCUACAACCCAACGACGAUCAGGCCACGACCCAUGCCAUCGACUCCGCGAAACAGGCAGGAAUCCCCAUUCCCACCAACAUACCUGCCAGCGCUUUGCUUGGAGGCACCAUCAAACGCCUUGGGAAGAAGAAGUCGAAGCAAAAGAUAGACGAUGAUUGGGACAACGAUCUCGAGAUGUCUGACCAGCCACUCAAGUUGAAGCCGCGGGCAGAAGACGCCAACGUCAUGUCGGGAGAGGACAUGGACGACUUCGAUGACCUCGAGGGCAGCCUAGGCAUUCGAUUCGCGGGUACGAAACGCGACGGUACACGAGCGAGAAGCUCGUCUGCUUCUGUGAUGAGUCCGAGCUUGGGCUCUGCCACAGCCGACAGUGAGGUCGAUGACUUUGGAGGCCUCGAACUGCCAGAAGGCCCGAUGGACUUCGAAGCAAAGCUGCAGAAACGCCGAGCGGCAGAUGCUGAGCUGUCAGAUCUAUCACAACCCAGCACGACGCCCGCUCUGGAGCAACCAGCCACCAUGAACACCAACACACACAAAAAGUCGAAACUUGAGUCAAAUGACAAUGACGACUUCGACAAUGACUUUGACCUCGGCCGAGGCGGUAUUCUGGACGUUCGGAAACGGACCACCAACAAGAACGUGCAGGUCAGAGCAUCUGAAACUUCGACUCCCGCCACACAAAGACCAGCUACAACACUGAACUUUCACGACAGACCCACUGACAAGCCCAUCUACAACCGCUCACAUAUUCCACGCCCAGUGUCUGGUUCAAAACACACCUCACGAUUGGAUCCUGUUUUCGAGUCUGGUGCUUCCCAUCAUGUCCGCGAGCGAAGACAACCGACCACGACAAGCUCUCAGCUGCUUCGAUCUAAGCGCUCGAUGCCAGUGUUACGGAACCAGUCCAGCAAUAGCUCUUUCCAGAGGACACCUGCCCCGUUCUUGCCUGCUGGAGUUUCCAACCACCAGUCUUCGCAUGUGACUGCUCAGCGAGCAAUGCCAUACCACCUUCGGAGGGACUCUGAUCCUCAUCGGCAGGGAGCCCAGUCACCGCCACCUCGUCCCACCUCGAGGCUCGCCCAUCAAGUGACCCCAGACACUCCGUCCCGUGCUCCUAGGCAGAGACAAGACACAGCACCGGCGUCGCUAAUCCGUGAGGCAAAACUCAUGCAGACAAUCAAGAAACCUGCACGAAAACGCAAUUUUGGUGACGGCUCUGAGCUUGAGAUUUUCGAUGAUCUACCCACGUCUGCCGUGAAAGAAAGCAAGUUCACUAAACAGCCUGUUGCGCGCGGUCCUCCCAAGCAGGGCACACUACGGAGAACGCAGAGUCGGAGUGAGUUCAUGGACCCUACCAAGCGCAACUCUGCAUACUCUGCAUCUGCCGUACCCGAACGUAUGAUGACGCCUGCACCCCCCAAAACGCCUUCGAGUCCGGUCAGAGGCCUUCAUGAUCACACGCCGAGCUAUCUGCGUGACACUGCCGCAAGUAGAAUUGCCAGAGAAUCCAGACUUGUAAAUCAAUCACGCCCCAGGAGCGAAGGACCAUUGCAACCUCUUACUACCAAUUGGAAAGCUCAGGUCGCAGCUAGGAGCCCUCACAGCAGUCCGAGUGCGAACAGACAGCGGAGCAAGAGGCCUGCCUUGAUCGCAGGUAUCGGAGGGUCCCACAUACCUAAGAGUGAGAAGGGCAUGGUCUACAACCCGCAAACUCUGCGCUGGGAAGGCAAUGAGAACACGUUGGCUCAAUUCGACAUACCUCCUCUCGAAACACCUUCGCCGUCCACGAACACACAAACCUCCUACAUGGACAGACAGCACGGUCCAUCCACCUCACCCUCCCGACCCGCACUGAUCGCCCAUGUACCAACCGGAAACGGCCACAACAUCCAAGUGCAGAACGGCAUGGUGUACGAUCCUCAGCAAAUGAAAUGGCUCAAGGUCAAAGGUGGACGAGAUGUGUCCGGGCAAUUGUCUCCAUCGGUCACAGAUGCGGACGACGAAGAGGAUGCUUUCGCCGGCAUUGAAGACCUAAAAGACGAGAACACUCCCGUUCCAGGUGCUGGUGGUCUCGGUGGUCUCGCAAGUCCGUUGUCGCUCGCAGCUGGAGGCGCUGGCGAGCUACAUGAGGAGUUCGAUCUUGGUCCACGCUUCUGCCGCAUUCAAGAGGAAGAAGAACAAGCCUGGCGCCGGAAGUGCGAACACUGGUUCGUGCCCUCGAACGAAGGUCCAACAUCCUGGCCCGACAAUGGUCUCUGGAGAAGAGCUAUCCGAGAUAUCGUUCCUCGCGAUGUCGACACCCUCGGUGGUCUGUGA